UGCCGCUGCUGCUAAAUCACGCUUUGUUGGUGCCGAGUUGCUGCAAGCCUGCUGCAAUAUUACUCGAUCUGCUGCUAUUUAUAACACAACAUGAUCUUUCCCGGGCUGAUAUCACCUAUCUGUGGCUCUGGAAUGCAUGGCAGAAGCGAAAAUAUAUAAAAUGCUUUAGCCAGCUAGAAUUAUUUUUGUAGUGUUGUUAUUUUUAAGGGACGGAUCCCAGCCAUUCACAAACAAACAAACCGCCUGUCUGCUUGUCUGCUCUUUCUCUCUGUAAAGAAGAGUGUGUUAGUGUGUGUGUGUCUCUACGAUUUUCGUGCGCUCUCUGUCUGUAUAGCUGUAAAGCACCCCUCCCCCAACCUUUGGCGAAACAGGAACAACUUCUUUGAGAGAAAGAGAACGAGAGAGAGGAGAGGGGGAGAGAGAAAGAGAAGGGGGGAGGAAAAAAGGGCUGCACAAGUUGGGACGUCUUGGAGCAGCCAUGGAGGAGCCCGUUGCUUCGUUUUCGAGCUAGUCAGGAGCUGAGAUUGAGCCGCACUGCUUAUAAACGGACUUAAACGGUGCCUUUCUUUGUUGGGGAGAAGCUAUGAACUGGUCCCGCUUUUGUGUGUGUUUUUCUUCGUCUUUGUUUGGAGGAAAUAAAUAAGAUAAGUUUCUCACCUCGAGGAUUAUUGUGCGAAAUAUAAUCAAGCUGUGAAUCACUUAACCAACUACUUGGACGGGCUUUUUCUUUGGCUGGCUACGGAGAAUGGAAUUCAUGGAGCACUUACUUUAAUUAAGUUAUCUUGGGCUACCAACUUUUUUUUCGGAAUGGGAAUACUUUUAUAUGAAACGUGUUCACUAUUUAAACGGUUUGCGCAUGGAUUUUCUGAUCGUCUCCUGAGAGAAAAACUGUAGUCUCCACUGCUCUGAAACAACCCCAGGACUCUUAUUCCACAAAACACACACACUGAACACUGGUAUAAUCGUCAGGACAAGAAAAGGUGCCCACCUAAACAAGCACACGUGGACACAAACACACACGGACUGGAUCUACGGGAUCUAUCUCUUCAGAUGAGGAGGAGCCGGAGAUUCUGAGAGACCUCAGGGUCAUUCAAGAUCUUAGCGUAGUGUCCCGUUGCAGUGCAGAGACAGCCAUGGCCACGGCUAUAUCGUGACACGCAGGGACAUGUGUGGCCAGGGGCUGUGAGGGCUCCGCGGGGAGACUCCAGGCACGCCCGCACGGAGAAUGCUGGAGGUGCAGGAGGAGCGACCACCAGCAGCAGGAGCAACUACGGGGACAGGGACAGGGACGGGAACGGGAACAGGAACGGCCAGCGGAACGGCAUCCAGUGCCACGGCUAGGAAGGAGCGAGCUAAAGAACGGCAGCAGGAGGAGGGCCAGGACUGCAGCGGCCCUGCAGCAGCCACCACCGCCGGGCCCCGCAGCGCCCGGGCCAAGGCCACGCCCACGGCGGCGCCUCCACCCACACACGCCCACUCGCACUCUCACACACACUCGCACACGCCCAGCCCUCACCAGCACACUACUGCUUCAGCCUCGGUAGCUCUGGGACUGUCGUCAAUGCAUUCCAGCAACCCCAAAGUGAGAAACUCUCCAUCAGCUAACACUCAGAGCAGUCCAAAAUCCAAGCAGGAGGCCAUGGUGCGUUCACCACCCGUGAUGUCUCCCUCCAGCGCUGCCCAGAUGGACUCCAAACUGCCCAAUCAGGGAAAACAAGGAGGUGCUGGCAGCCAAUCGCAGCCAUCUCCAUGCGAUCCCAAGGCACUGAGUGGAAGCCACACGCCCAAAGGCCCUCAGGGCUCUGUGGGGGGCAUGGGACUCAAAAAUGGACAGGGCUUGAACUCUGGCAAUGGGGCAAAAAGCAAGAUUAAAAGAGAGAGAAGCACUUCAGUCGAGUCCUUCGAACAGAGGGAUACAGGGACGCCCAAUAACGACGGGGACCAGAAAGAGCUGGGCAGUAGGGCAAAAAGGUUAUGUGUUGCUGAACGGCGGCAGCCCUACAGUGGAGCCGAUUGGUGUUCAGGGGGAGAGAGUGACGAGGACGACCCAGGAUUCUUUAACUGUAACUCCAGUGACAUCAAACCAGAUCCAAGCUCCCUGGCAGGAUCCACACCUACACACAACGCUGUUGGAGGGCAGAACACAGCAUCAGAAUUAGGCAGCAAUCAGAAACCUGGGUCUAAGGUCGUUUACGUCUUCACGACGGAGAUGGCAAACAAGGCAGCAGAAGCGGUGAUAACAGGCCAUGCAGAGAAUAUUAUAUCUUAUCACAUGAACAAUAUCUCCAACGGCAAGGGUGGCAAGCCACAACUUCCCCUGAACAAUCAACUUGGACCCCAUCAGAAUGACCCUAAACAGCAGGGGGCAUCAUCCCAACAGCAGCCUUCAUCUCAUCCUUCUGACCAGAACCACCAAGCAGCCUCCAAAGCAACACAACCUGGCCAGCCGCAGCAGCAGCCUCCAGCUCAACCAGUACAACCUCAGCAGCCAGCCCAAGGGUCUAAACCAGCCAGCCUCCCUCAGGAUGGCCCUCCAUCAGGGGGCAUGGACUCAAAGAGCCUCCCCAGUAAUAGCCCCCAGGAUGGUGCCGGAUCACAUGAUGGUAGUAAUCCUGCAGGGACGCCAGGCGGCCAGCUUCCCAACCAGCCUCCAAGUGCUGGCCCUCCGCAGGGCUUCCCUUCCCUUGACCUGCCCAAAGGAGCAGAUGUUAAACUGACAGCCCAGCACCAGCAACAGUUAGCUCAUGAGAUCAUGAGCAUGGGGGACAACCCAGAGGGUCUUUCACAGGAGCAGUUAGAACACAGAGAGCGCUCUCUACAGACUUUGCGUGAUAUCCAACGAAUGCUGUUCCCAGAUGACAAAGAAAUGGCAGCAAUGGGCCAAGGGAACAUGGUUGGACCUCCUCCCAAUGCUGCCAUGAUGGAAGGUGGGCCCAAGAAACCUGAACAAGGGCCACUUCAGGCUAUGAUGGCUCAGUCCCAAAGUCUGGGAAAAACUGGUGGUCCAGGGGGUCCACGUCCAGAUGGCCCUCCCUUUGGGCCACCUGGACCGAGGGACAUGCCUUUCUCCCCUGAUGACCUUGGGCCCCCUCCUCAAGGUCCAGGACCCAUGAAUUCGCAUCCAGGACCUGGCGGAGAGCAUGGUGACCACAUGACACCAGAGCAGAUCGCUUGGCUAAAGCUACAGCAGGAGUUCUAUGAGGAGAAGAAGCGUAAGCAAGAACAAAUGCAGCACAGACCAAUGGGAGAUAUGAUGAUGCACCAGGCUGGCCCAAGGGGCAUGAUGCGGGGGCCACCACCUCCCUACCAAAUGAAUCCUGGUGAAAUGUGGGGUCCUGGAGGUCCGGAGCCUUUUCCUGAGCAAAUAAACAUGGGUCCCAGAGGAAUGCACCCACACAUGCAAAGAAUGCCUGGCUUCCCUGGAAUGAUGAACCCAGAAAUGGAGGGAGGACCUAACGCCAUGCCCAGGCCUGGCAUGAACUGGCCUGAUGAUAUGCCCAAGAUGGGGGAUGCAAGGGGUUUUCCACCAGGUCAAGGGAUGUUUGGAGGGCGAGUGGAGAGGUUUCCCAAUCCUCAGUCUGUACAAGAAGCCAUGUUCCAUCAAGGCAUAGGUGAUAAGCAAGGUAUGGGUCUACCAACCAUGAUGAUGGAAAUGAACAGGAUGAUGGGCAACCAAAGACCAAUGGAGCCUGGGAAUGGGGGUGGCAUGAUGUUUCCCAGAAUACCAGGUGAAGGUCCCAUGAGCCCUUCCUCAAGAAUGGAAUUUGUAAAAGGGCUAGGGCGUGACAUGGGUGAGUUUGGGAUGGGACCUGGUAACCUCAAUGUCAAUAUGGGCCCCAGUCCUCAAAUGAUGCCCUCCAAGAUGAGAGAGCCAACAAUGAACCUGAGUCCAGAAGAGAUGAUGAAGAUGAGGCAAGGUGGAGGUCCCAUGCCUGAGAGCAUGGGCCCACAACCCAAGAUGAUGCAGGGGCCUCCCUUCUCUGACCAGCCCCACCCAGGUGACUUCAAUAUGGGUCCCAACCGACAGUUUCCAGGCAUGGGUCCUCAAGGGCCUGGAAAUCAGAGGGUUCCCAGAGGCGAACCACCCUUUCCCCCUGACCAGCGAGGAGGCAACAUGGGUGGCAAUGGUCGCCUGAGCCACAUGCCACCUUUACCUCCCAAUCAACCUACGAAUAACUCAGGUCCUCCGCCAAACCAGAGGAAUAUGGGUCGCAAACCUUCAGACCUGAGCGUCCAGUCCGGCCCGGCAAAUUCACCCAACGUCAACCCACUCAAGUCUCCCACGCUGCGGCAGGUUCAGUCGCCCAUGUUAGGCUCGCCCUCUGGUAACCUCAAGUCUCCACAGACGCCCUCCCAGCUGGCUGGCAUGCUCAGUGGGCCCUCAGCAGUGGCAGCAGCUGCAGCGGCCGCAGCUGCAUCAAUCAAGUCUCCGCCAAUGAUGGGUUCAGCAGGGGCAUCACCCGUCCAUAUGAAGUCACCCUCACUUCCUGCCCCUUCCCCUAGUUGGACAUCAUCGCCCAAGCCGCCCAUGCAGAGUCCAGGGAUUCCUCAAAACAACAAACCUCCACUCAGCAUGACCUCGCCAAAUAUGAUGGGCAACGUGGAGCAAGGUGGAAAUGGUCCUCCUUCCGCACCUCCUUCCAGUAGUUCUACAAACCAGCCCAGCUCCAUCAACGUUCCGGGAAGUCUUCCGUCCAGCAGCCCCUACACUAUGCCCCCGGAACCAACGCUAUCCCAGAACCCUCUCUCUAUCAUGAUGUCACGCAUGUCCAAGUUUGCCAUGCCUAGCUCCACGCCUCUCUAUCAUGAUGCCAUCAAAACCGUGGCCAGCUCAGAUGAUGAUUCGCCACCUGCACGGUCGCCAAACCUGCCAUCCAUGAACAAUAGCAUGCCUGGAAUGGGGGUGAACCAUCAUCCAGGCCAUCCGCGUAUGAUGACUCCCAACUCUGCAGGCCCCAUGCCUUCGCUCAGCCCCAUGGGUAUGAACGCUAUGGGCUCCCAGCCUCUUUCCCAUGGCAUGCCUAACCAGAUGCCCUCACCCAAUCCUAUGGGCCCUAACAUGCCUCCACACUCUGGCCCCAUGGGUCCUGGCAUGAUGUCCCACGGCAUGAUGAUGCCUCCCGUCUCCCAAGACCCAGGCAUGGCCGGCAACCAGAUGAUGCCCCAAGGUCGCAUGGGUCUCCCUCAUCGAGGACAGGGCUUCCCUCCAGGGCAAUCUCCUCCACAGCAGGUGCCCUUUCCGCACAAUGGUCCCGGACCCCAAGGUGGCUUCCCACACGGGAUGGGCUUCCAAGGAGAGGGUGGUCCGAUGGGAAGGAUGGGGAACAUGCCGCACGGACCCGGCGGUGAGCCAGGAAUGUGCAAGCCUAACACACCCGGUGGCCAGGAGUUCAACAACAUGCCAGGUGUCUUCAAUGACUCGGAUCUGCACGAGGUGAUGCGGCCGGGCGCCUCGGGUAUCCCCGAGUUUGACCUCUCGCGCAUCAUACCUUCAGAGAAGCCUAGCCAGACUCUGUCGUACUUCCCCCGCGGUGGAGAGGCGCCUGGUGGCAAGCCUCCUCACCCUUCAGGCCCACCCGGAUUCCCCCCCAUGCAGGGGAUGAUGGGUGAGGGCAACCCCAGGAUGGGUCUCCCCAUGCAGGGCAUGGGAGGCCCCCCUGGUCCUGGCCACAUGGGGCCCCAGGACAUGCCCAUGGGUAAUGCGGGACACAACCCCAUGAGGCCCCCAGGCUUCAUGGGACAGGGCAUGAUGGGUCCUCAGCACAGGAUGUUGUCACCUGGCCAACAGCCAGGCAUGAUGGGAGGCCCCGGGAUGAUGCAGGGCAAAGAGAGGCCCAUGUACAACCAUCCCGGCCCGGUGGGCUCCCCCAACAUGAUGUCACUACAAGGGAUGGGUGGUCCUCAGCAGACUAUGAUGAUGCCUCCUCAGAUGAGGCCUCGGGGCAUGUCAGCAGACAUGGGGAUGGGCUUUAACCCUGGCCCAGGGAAUCCUGGGAAUAUAAUGUUCUGAGCUGCUACAAGGAACCGUCGAGCCUCCACCGCAAUUUACCGAACAAUCCGGAUACUGCAUAACCUGUGAAAAUAAAUAAGGACUUUUUUUAUAAAAGGAAACAAAACAAAAGAGCUACAUGUGGUUGUGUGUUCAUGUUUCAAGACAGUGUGUGGGAGAACUGGGGCACUUGUUGCUCGAGCACACCUAGGUAGGACAAGGCUUCAGUGGCCUUGAGUGAGUUCUGGAUUUACACAGAGACACAAACAAACAAACCCACACCCAAAAAAACGGACACCUGGAUGUAUACCGAGGGAUUCCUCAUCUUUAGAAAAGUCUUUUUGCAGGUGAAGAGCUACAAGGGACGAGGGGAUUUACAAUAAUGUGCCCCCCUCUUCCUCCUCGCCGUUUGGUCCAGUUUCAGCUCCGUUUGGAACAUCAGGAAUGUAUUCGGAUUCAGAGAGACAGACUCGGACUCAGAGUAAGGUCUUUUUAGCCUGAUCUUGUGUGACCGUAAGUCCAUGUGUGGUCACAAAGCCAACAACAGCAAACCAAGCAAAUGGACAACUUGACUUUACCUGACCCGACCUUACCUGAAAGUAGCGGUUUAUUGUUGUACUUUUAUAUAAAAACAAACAAAAAAAAAAAAACAGAAAAAAUCAAACGGAGGGAGAUAACCGAGUAAAAAUGGUUGGAGACAAAACACAAACUGAACGACGAAAAAAAGAAAAAGUCAAGAAACAUUUUGUCACAAGUUGCACCGUCUUGGCUGUAUGUUUACAUCUCAUCGCAUCACUUCCCUCCGAGUCAUGAAAUGCUCUUUGUAUGUGUGUACUGUACUUGUGUUGUUAAAGGGAUUUUACCAGUGACUUCUAUAGGUUUUUUUUUCCAUCUUCAUUUGUAAAGGGGGAGGGUUGGGGGUGGCUGUUGGUGGUCGUCGAUACGGUGCGACAAAAAAAAACGCCACCACAAAAAUACUGUGUACCGCGGGGGCGUACAGAAUAUUUUAAAUUUAAUUUCCUUUGCUACUCCCAUGUAUGAUAAAACCAAACUAAGACCUCAUACAGAUCAUAGUAUUAUUAAAAAUCAAGCACAAACAAGAAUUAACUGUAAAGAAUAAGAAGUGUUGUUUGUUUUUUUUGGUUCUUUCUUUAAUCUUUCUUUUUUUUUUAAUUGUAGAGAAAAACACUUCGACAACAGUCAGUAGGAGCGGAAAUCUGAUGCGUGCCGUCGGCUGGUGUUACAGUUUUUAUUUUAUAUUUUUUCGUCCGUAAGCUGGAACACGGGGUACAGGAGUUUGCAGUGGGGGUAACUCCAGAUCGCACCAUGAUGCACCGUGAUGAUGUACCGUGAUGUAAACUGCCAGAGUCGCGGUGCCUCUCAAAGACCGCAAGCAUAUAACAUUCUUGGGGAGGGGAACACAGAGGGGGAAUCAAACAUUACAAUAACUCUAGCCGACGGCUAUGCAGAGCAGCGCUGGAUUACUGAUGGGUGGCAAUUUUUUUUUCUUUUCUUUUGUAGAAAACAAAUGAUGAAAAACGACAGAAAAAGCUAAUAGGUUGUCCUCAUGUCCCCAGCCCUCCUGUGUUGAUGCUUGUCAUGUGUAACUCCAUUGAAUUUGGUACUGAACCACUUCCUAAGGCUGGGCUGUGGUGUUGGAAGACAAAUAAAAUAUAUUGUUUGGUAUAAAGUG